UCGUUAUUUCAGUUUAUACGUACGAGGUUCAAACACAAGCAUAGUGAUUAACAUGCUAAUGCCAUUUGGAUACGAAUUAACAUACGCUGGAGGGGAUACUUGUAUAAUCACCAAAGCUACUGGAUUGCUGAUGUGAUUUGACUGUUUUAGUGCUCUGUGUUAAGGAGAAUAUCCUACACACACACACACACACACACACACACACACACACACACACACACACACAGAGUCUAGCAGGAGUACUUUUAAUAUAACUCGUAAAUAGUAAUUAGCUUUUACACGUAUUAUCAUUGCCCUUUCCUUGCAGUUUUGCGGAAAGUGCCUCGCUCACCCGGAAGUGGCAGUUCCAGUACCUACAAAACCCUGCAGAUGUGCCAAGCGAGGAGGUCAGCAGCGCACUGGGAAGGGGCGUCUGAAAUCAGCUGUUUCUACGACCUCCUGCCAUUCCUCGGGUCGAAGGAUGUCCUCUGAAGGCGCCGCUGAGACUCGGAGCUCCUCUCCUUAUAGGAUCAGCGCCCGCCAUGCUCGUGCGAACGCCAUGACGACCCAGGGGCAUCUCCAGACAGCCAGCGGAGACAGGAACACAAGUUUGGACUCAGGAUGUGGACCUGCAGAAGACACGUUCUUCAUCCGGGAUCUGCUUCGCGAGUCUAGGCAAGUGAGAGACGAAAACGUGAACUGUGUUUCCGAGGAUGAGUUUUUGGACAGAGUUUUGGAAGCUCAGAUUGUGCAUCGAAAACAACUAAGCCAUGUUGACGAUUUUGAUCAAGAUGGGAGUGCAGUCAUAUCAAAAACUUAUCUGAAAAUGGAUAAAGAAACGGGGGACGUGACAAACAUAAAUGGUGAUGUAAAAUUAGAAUUAAAGGAAAAGAUUACCGCUAAGUUUCGAAUAGCAACGCCGGAAGAGUUAGAUAGAAAUGUGGAAAACUGUGGUAACAAAGAUAAUUAUGAUAAUCAGUGUGAUAAUUUAGAUACGGACAGAAACUUUACGGAAAAUCUGUGUGGAAUGACGGAAAACAGGAAUCGAACGGAAGAACACAUGAAUGAAACAGAAAACGGUAAUCAAAUGGAAGAAAACGGGAAUCAAACAGAAGAAAACGGGUAUCCAGCAGAAGACCGGAAUCAAGCAAAAGGAGACACGAAUUCCCGACAUGUCCUCACCACGGAAUCACGCCCAGUCUGUGACCUAGGUACUGGCCAAGGUACCGAAGGCUCAGAGACAAACAGCCCUGUCACGCUGAGGAACAAGAGAAGAGCAGCAGGAAACAGCAUCGACUCCUUCACAGCAACGCCCUCUGACUUGCUGAAGCGGAGGAGCGCCGAGAUCGUCCAGCUGAGACGCAAACUGGAGGCCAAGAUGAAGAGGAAGAGUCUCCAAAACUACUGCCUGAGCGACGACGAGGACGCUGGCCUCCUGAACAGCGACCGCGUGGACCCCCGGACUCUGAGGCGACCACUGAGCGCCUUUGGAAACCUGUACAGGGACAGCGGGAACGAGGCAGCCUUCUCAUCUCACUCGAGCUGCAACAGUAGUAACUACCCGAGUUAUUGUUCGACGCCAAUUCACCGACAACAAUACAGGGACAAGAUACCCCCAACGCAUGCCAUUGACCCUAAGAAAUUGAGAUAUCUCUUAGGUGAUCCACAUUAUUCACCACCCGGUCACAGGUGCAAGUGCGCUUGUUACAAUCAUAGGUGUAAAAGUAUACAUUGCGAACCCUUUAGUUGCGAUUAUAGACAUUCAAACCAGUACAAUGACCAUACUUGCCGUAGCCCGUGCCGUAACAAUCGGUGCAAUGAUGCAGUUAGUAAUAUAAAAUCAACUAAUCUUUGUUGUCACCACACGUGUGGUUCGUAUAAUAAUCAUUCAUGUUCACAUUCACCUAAUCAUCGAAAUUCAAAUCUGUACAGUGGUCACAGGCCUUAUAAUUCCUGUGGACAUCAUAACUGUGCAGACACAUGUGAUAACCACGGAACCUGCGAACGAAACUGCCACACAAUACCAUACAAUACCUGUGACAGUCAGUGCAUCAGUGCCAUACCACACAGCGAGUCAUGCAACUCGAACUGUGGCCACAUAUGCCACACACCCUCGCCGCCAGAAUCGUGCAACUGCAGUGCCGUCUCCAGUCCCCGAAGGUCCUCGACAUGCGCCAAUCUGCAACACACCUGCAGAAGUCCCAGUCCUUACCAGGAUGCAGAGGGAUUCGAGUCCCAGUACCACACUCCCGUUGGGUCGCCGCGUCCAGUCAAAUCUAUCCGACCCGCCCGAGUCACUGAGAACCAGGACGGGCGGAUCAACUACUAUCCUAACUGUGAUCCAACGAUUUGGCUCCGAUCGUGCGAGAAAGAGAUCCGCCAGCCUCUCCAUGGAACCAAAUCAGGUGUCAUCCCCACGUGGCUCAAAGGGACCCUGAUCAGGAAUGGCCCAGGGAGGAUCAAGGUCGGGGAUCAGCAGUACAACCACGUGUUCGACGGCUCGGCUUUGCUACACAGAUUCCACUUCCAGAAGGGCGAAGUCACGUACCAGAACAAGUUCCUCGAGAGCCGGAGUUACCUGCGGGAUACCAAAGCCCAGAGGAUCGUGGUCAACUACUUCGGCACAAGGGCUCAUCCCGACCCUUGCAAGACUAUCCUCCAGAACGUGGCGAGCAAGUUCAGCUUCGAGGAGCACUUCACAGACAACGCCCAGAUCAGCCUCUACCCUUAUGGCGACGGCCUCUACGCCCUCACGGAGACGCCCUUCAUCUUCCGUGUGGAUCCUGAGACGCUCGACACCCACGAGAAGGUCAACCUAACGCACCACAUCGCAGUCCUGACCCACACGGCGCAUCCUCACGUGGAUAGGGACGGCACUGUAUACAAUAUCGGCCAAGGGGUAGGACCUCUUGGACCAAAGUAUCACGUGUGCAAAUUCCCGAAUCCUAAGGCCGAUCGCAAAGGAAAGGUGAAGAGCCCCUUUGAACAACCGAUGGUCGUGUCCGUGUCCUGUCCAAUUAUAGGUCAAGUCAUACUCGGCAAGCAGGACGCCCUUAUUGAUGCCCUGCAGUGCCUUGCAAGUGCUUGUGCGGCGGUGCGUCACUUUCACACCUUGCACCUCAUUCCGUUGCAGACCAAGAUCCACGUCAUGCGUCGCGACACGGGUGAAGUGACGUCGACCCAAUACGUCACGGAAACGUUUUUCUUCCUCCACACCAUCAACGCCUACGAAGACCGCGGCCACAUCGUUCUCGACAUCGCUGCUUACAAAAACGCCGACAUGCUCAACUGUAUGUUCGUGGAAGCCCUGAAGAACGCCGCCUAUGACCCAACAUACGCCCAGAUGUUCCGCGGGCGUCCCAAGCGAUGGGUGUUGCCCCUGAACCCUGACAAGGAUGCCAAGCCCGGUGCCAACCUCGUCACGCUGCCGAACACCAACUGCCGAGGACGGUGGGCGAAGAAGAACGUCGUUUACAUCACGCCUGAACUGCUUUCCGACAUCGGCUGCGAGGUGCCGAGAAUAUACUAUGAGGAGUACAACGGACGUCCUUAUCGGUAUUUCUACUCUAUCUGUAGCGACGUGGAUCACCCUAGUCCUGGCACGUUGGUGAAGGUGGACGUGGUUAACAAGACACAUGUGGAGUGGAGUGAAGACAAUGUGUAUCCAUCUGAGCCGAUUUUCGUCCCACAUCCUGAAGCAAAGCGCGAGGAUGACGGAGUUGUAUUAGCAGCUUUACUAAGAGCCAAGGGACUAGACGACCAGGUGUGCAUGCUGGUUCUCGACGCCACCACCUUCACGGAGCUUGGACGCGUGGAAUUCGUGGCGUCAGGUCCUGUGCCCAAGUGUCUGCACGGGUGGUUCGUGCAGGACGGCACCCUCAGAGUCCACAAGGAUACGAAUGGCGCGCAGGAUGAUGACACAGACUCUCAGAAAUAGGAUACCGGCAAAGGAAGGAGAGCUAUAAGAAACCAUGACGUUAGAAUGACAGGGUUUUCGUCACGUGAGUCAAAGGGAAUUUACCCAUGGAGGACUUUUAGAGGAUGAGGACACAGGGGAAAGACAGGGGGAACCAGGGACACGGAGAUGCAAGGCGGAAGGUUUUGUGAAUGCAGAUUUCCUCGCGAUGUUCAAGCAGUGGAAGUGACACUUGUCCAUAAAGUAAUGUUUUCCACAUUCCACUUCUGAAUGUCUAUUGUAAGUUUGUGUAUAAAGUUAAGGAUUGCCUAGCAGCCUUACAAACAUCCUCAUGUAGGUAGAUUAUGAAUACCAAUGGUAUAUAUAUAUA